CAUCUUACUGCUCGCUUUUUCAGUGCUCGUUCAGUUUGCAUCAACUUCACAGCUUUUCAAAAUGAAGGAAAUCCUUCUCUUUGGUUUAAGCCUUACAGUGGUAUUCAACUUAUCAGCUGCUCAAGAGUCGCCGACCAAUGCCACCGGUGAAGGGGCUGCUGGAGAAAUGGUGAUUGAUUCUGCAGCAAAGCUAGAAGUAGUGUGUCGUGCCGACUACAUCGAGGUGACAGUAGAAAGCAAGAACUAUCCUGGCCUAGACACUAAUGUGACUCAUCUUGAAGACGAGGCUUGCGGUGCCUUCUAUAGAGAUGAGUCUAAAGCUGUCUUUAGGUUCGGUUUGGAGGAAUGCAAGACUGAACAGGAGGAUGACGGGAAAGCGAUUCAUUACAAGAACAGGAUCAUUGCAGUGGUAGAGGACGUGGAGGAGGAGGAGCACAUCACUCGGAAAAGUACAAGAGUUCUGCCCUUUCAGUGUUCUUACAAAAAGAAGGCUGUUCUUUCUAAAAUGUUUUACUCUCCCAAUCGUAUUCAGAUGAUAACCGAGACAGAGAACUACGGUAAUUUUACUUAUAUCAUGAACAUGUACACCACCAAGAAUUUCUCUGAAAAAGUCGAGAAAUACCCUCUUCUAGUUGGCAUUGGCCAGCGGUUGUACAUAAACCUGCAGGUACAGACAGGUGACUCCGAUCUGAACGUGUUUCCGGAUGAAUGCAAAGCAACACCUUCGACUGAUUACGAUGCUAAACCAGAUCAUCCAAUCAUUGAGGAAGCGUGCCCAAGUGACAAAUACCUCGAGUACGAGUACAAGAAGUCAGCCAGUCAGAGCUUUAGCUUCUUGGCAUUUCGCUUCAAGUCAGGAUAUGAGGACGUAUACAUCCACUGUAAGCUUACUGUUUGUCGCUCUGAUGAUCAGGAGUCAAAAUGUGAAAAGGGAUGCAAAGAAGGCGAAAAUGCGUCCAGGAAGAAAAGGGACGUGACGGAAGGAUUACGUGCCGCUGUUUACGUCGGACCGAUCAAAAUAAAGGAGGAUGAAGGGAAAGCCAUGGAAGUAGACGAGUCCCAAGAAAUGGUCAAGGACAGUCCGAAGACUAUCCUGUUGAUUGGAGUGCUUGUGGGAAUUCUGGGUACCAUGACAUUGGGGCUCAUUGGGGCACUUAUUUUUGUGACCAGGCGUAAGCGUCAAUCAGGAAAUGAGCCCUCUUUGCUGGUUCACGAAGAGUAGACGCCGGUGAAGUCGUUUCCGCAAACUGCACGGUUAAAUAAUCGUUUUCAAGCGCUUUAUAUCAAUGGCUCUUUUUCGCGCAAACAUAAAUCGAGCUUUCUUAGUUUAGAAACAAACAGGAGCUUUAAAAAAGAACUUUUAGUCAUUUUAUUAUCGAUUGUGUUCUUAGAAGUGUCCAGAACUGUAAACCACCUUUAAACACAACAAUAAAAGGCCUUCGCACCACCUUGCUUUA